AUGCUGGCAUGUCCUGUCGGCACAUGUCGCACUCUGAGACUAUUUGCAGAGCCGAGCAGAGCUUUUGUUGCGGGUUUCAAGCAGUUGCCCUGCUUGAUUGGCAGCCGGAACUGUGUGAUCCGACGGCAGGUGCACCAUGUGGUGUUUCCAGAAGAGGAAUUUCAACACCUUCUGCAGGAUGUCGGGAGGUCGACUGAUCUGUACGCUGGACAUCCGCUCUCUGGGAUGAGCCCACACAAGCGAGGCAUGUUUCUGAAAGGCCUGUGCAAGAGUGUGCUGACCAGCGCCCACCCCCAUCUGCGCUUGGAGGAACCCAUCCUUGGCAGGCACCUCCAUAAAUGGCCAAAGAAGGUCAGAACAACAAGCACUCUGGGAUUGGUCGUUGGGCGGCAGGAAGGUGCAAUGCAAAGCCGCCAGAUUGUCAUGGUUAGCAACAGAAAAAACUUGGAGUGUGACUUUCGGCGGGGUGAAGUUUGCAGAGGCUGGUGCCCGAACGAGUGCACCCUUUGA